UCUCUCUCCCACAGAUGGCUCCCUGCACUAAUCCUCUUUGUGGUCAUCCUAAUCCAUCUCAAAGUGACCACUCAAGGGGGAUCAGAUUCCUUUCUUGGCCCUGGCGAGCAGACUCGUGCUGCCCGAGGAAUGGAAGCUGUAACUAUGGACAGAGCAAUACAACUACCUGGGCCACAAUGAGACUGAAUGGCACAAGCAGGAGAUUUCUGCCAAUUUAUCUCUAUUUCCGAGGGAAUAAAUGCGGUGAAGUCUGAUGGGAAGAAUGUAGACUGGGCCCAAAAUCUCUAAUCCAGGAACCAAAAACAGGAGCCAACUGUCCUGCAGAGAGUUUACUCCCCCAGUGCUAAUAAUUCCUUCAUGCAAGUAUAAAGGUCCCAGCGAUUACAAUGAACAGUCCCACAGGAGAUCACUAUAUGGAUACCGUAUCCAGUCCUGAGCAGACCCUCCCUAUGGUCCCCAGAGGCCAUCAGGUCACCGAAGUGGCCCCAGCCAAGAAGAUAACAUUUUAUAAGAGUGGAGACCCUCAGUUUGGGGGAGUCAAAAUGGCCAUCAGCCAUCGUAGUUUCAAAAGUUUCAGCGCUCUCAUGGAUGAUCUCUCCCACCGCGUCCCUUUGCCAUUUGGAGUUAGGACCAUAACGACACCUCGUGGGACGCACAGCGUUAACAGACUGGAACAGCUGGUAGAUGGUGGGAGCUAUAUAUGUUCUGAUAAGAAAUACGUUCAGCCCAUUGCUCCCAGCAAGCCAGGACGCAAGAUGGUUGUACAGCGGCCCGGUCCCCCGGCCAGUGCCCGAAAACCAAGUAGGCAAGAACAGCAUGAGGAUGAAUAUACUGCAACACACUUCCAGCAAGUUCCCAGGGUGCGCAAGAAAAUCACUCUUGUGAAGAAUGGAGACCCAACGGUUAGGCGUUCUAUUAUCCUGAACCGCACCAAUGGGCGAAACCUGAGAACAUUCCUUGAGGAUGCGUCGGAUCUCUUGCAAUAUACCGUGCGGAGACUGUACACUGUAGAUGGCAGAAGGAUUGAAACCAUCCAAGCCCUGUUACAAGUCCCGAGCAUCCUCGUCUGCGUCGGACGGGAACCCUUUAAACCAAUCCAUCUGGAAAAUGUCAGGAAAAGCGUUGCCGAAAAGCUUCCAGGCCUCCGAUCCCACCAGGCGGUUACUAGUGAGACCAUGGACAAUAAAAAGAAUGUAAACUUUGGGCUGAAAGCUAAAAAAAGCGUCAUUCAUCCACGGACGGCAUCCAGCGGCAAGUCCAGGCUAUCAUUGUCAUCUGAGAAGUCCUACCCAAGCGCCCUCAACAUGUCCCCGCUGAAUAGCGGCUAUGCGUCUUUCUCCAAGCCGUGCCCGCAUACAAAAUCCGACGACAGUUCCCAUUCCUUAGUCAAUGAAGAUAUUGAGAAAAGAGUUCAUGUCAAUAAGGACGGCAGCCUUUCAGUAGAGAUGAAGGUACGUUUCCGCUUGUUGAACGAAGAAACGCUUCAGUGGUCAACGCAGAUUAAAAAAUCCAGCAAUGCGGGGAAGAACAAAUGCGAACAACUGUGCUUAUGUGACGAGGAUGAAACGGCGACCAAGAAAGAUAUGAACCCUGAGCUUUUUUCCGAAACAGAUGAAUCUUUUUACCCCUGUGACGGUGAGUCCUACAGCUCAAAGCCCAAUGAUGAAGAACUGGAAGAUGUCUGUUGUGCCCAUUGUGGAUUGCAAUGUCAAGAAUAUGAUAUUUGGAAAAACCCCUUGCACGUUAACCAGCAGCAAGACUAUACCAAUAGGGGUAGCUGGCAGACUCGAUCAUCUGUCUCUAGCUCCUCUUCACAUAAGCGAGUAAUAUGCAAUCAAAAGACAUCGAUAGACAGCCUCCAUAGGACUUCUUCUGAAGAGUAUACCGAGCGCAUUGUGCACAGGUCUGCACAUUAUUCGGAAACUAAAGAACACGGAGAGACUAGGGUGACAUACUCUGCAGUAAGUCAAUGCACCAGUUGCAGUGGACAAUCUACUGCUGCUUCUAACAGAGACAUUAACACAGGGGAGAAACAAAGAAAGUCAAGGUCUAGUUUAAAAACAGAAAAUUCUUGGCAAAAUAACACUGCAAUGGAAGAUGCUAAAGGGUCAGUUAAUAUGAAAAGCCAAAGUGCCAGUAUUGAAGAGUGGAGCGAGUUAUCCCCAACACCAUCUUCCAGCCAUGAGAUAAAUAAAGAUGACUGUAGCCAAAAAGUUAGUGUACUGUCCCCAUCUCCAGUUCGGUAUAGUAGAGGCAGUCAUAGGAAAGUGAAGAAGAGAGUGAGUGCUGAAACAAUCAGUAGCCAAUCAAAUUUAAGCCUAAGGGUGGGCGAAAGGCAGGAGAGUCCUAGUAUGUCUGCACAAAAGAACCUUCUUGGUAUCUCAAAUGUCAAUAACGAUUGUGAGGAAAUGUCCUUAAGUAGUUCCCCAAAGCAGCUCCUGGAGCGCAACAGAAGUAGCAAUGAUGAAAUAGACAGUGGCCAGGAGAAUGGACCUGUGAGAAUGGGUCUCAGUGACUGUGAAAAGUGUUCAACAAAGUCUUCACGCCACUCCAUCACUCAUGAAAAGAGGAGAGUUGGAAAAGAUCCUCCCAGUUCCUCGUGCUCUUCAAUUAAUCAACAGGACAAUGACAGUAUUCACAGGCAUGAUAAUAAUAUCCCUAACCAAUGUGAGAUGGCCUCAGAGCUGCAGGGGUCUUGUUCUUCUAUCAGAUCAGAAACACAGCAGGUCAAUCUGCAGGCUCAAAAUUCAUUUCACUCUGUUUCAUCUUUAACUGAAUCUACAUUAUCUCACAAUCAAGAAGGACAACCAAUUACAAAGAGCCCUGUUUGCAGUGAUAACAAUGCGGUGUGUAAACCAGAAGAUGACAAAAUGUCGGGACCAGUAGAAGGCAGAAAUACCAGUCAAAUAAGUAAAUCACGUUCAUCAAGCAUAUCACAGUCAGCCAGCUCUAGACACAAUUGUAUGAGCUUUCCAAAAACCGGGAAACCUUGCAGUGCCAGUUCAAGGGUCUCUUCAGUUUGUGAUAAAGAAAGUAAAAAUGCAGAAUCCACCGACAAUAAUUCAACCAACGAUGAAGAGAGUCAAGUAUCUCAGCAGAACACAAAACGAAGCAUCCAAAAUGGAAACGUUUCUAAUAAAGGCUCAGACUGUGAACAUAACUCGGCUUUUAGCCCUUCCCCACCAAAAGGUAAGCCAAGUCAGAGGCAACGAAGAUCAUCAGCAUUCAAAUACUCCUGUAGCAGUGAAUGCAGCGACCCAGAAAAGGUUAUAAAUGGUGUAAAUCCUGGUUGCCCAGGGUCCACUACCUCAGCAUCAAAGGGUAUUUUGGCAGGUAAUGGAAGCAGGGAGAGACAAAGUUCAAUGAAGAGUAAUAACAGUGCUGAGGAAAUGUCAAAUCACAAGAAAAGAAAAGACAGUUCUAGUUCUUCAAAGAGAAAAUUCAAAAAGGAAUCUUUGGACUCUGACAAAAUAAGCAGAGAGAUCCACCCUUCGGCACUGCCAAAUGUAACCUCGGAAGAAGUGGUUCAUGAGUGGCUUAGGAAAAUCCCCUCUCGGACAAUAGUUGUUGAUUAUGAAGUAGAAGAAUGUCCGACAAAAGUAGGCGAGGAGACCCAAACUGCAGAUCCACAGCCAGAAACCGAUAAGCCAGAAGAAGAAGGGAAUACAGACAAAGAUGCUGAGAAUGAGAUGCCAAAAAGCUGCCAAGUUCAGGAGGAAACAACAGAUGAAGAAAAUUGCACCAGUGAUAUAAAUAAUAUACCAGACACAAAUACAUGCAACAAAGAGCAAAAAGAAGACACAUUACUAUCAAAUAGGAUAGAAGCCAAUGAUGACAACGGUACUAUCACAGCAGUACCUCUCUGUGAUGAAAAAAUAGUCCCAAAUACCAUACACAAUUCUGUGCAAAUAAUGAAGGCACUCUUAAGACCUUUACAGGAAUCCAAGUUUGACCGUUCAAAUAGUUUACCCGAAGUAUCUCCUUCUAUGGGACGAAAACUAAGUAACUCGGCAAAGGUACUGAUCUCUUGUCUUGUAAAUCUUCAGCUUCUAGAUGAAGGCACAACAGAUUGCAGGGUAGAGUCAAACACUUCAAAUAAACCAAAAUAUACUGAGUUGUUGAACAUAUUACAGGAUCUGUGGACAAAAGCUCCGGAAAACAAAUGUUUAAAGAAGACAAAAUCUGGAAAGCAUUUUUCCAGGGAGGAUGAAGUAACUCCCGCUUCAUCUUCUGGAGUUGAUGUCAAUAGUGCUUAUGAUGGCUCUGGUGACGGCAGUAUUACAGGUGGUGGAGAUUCUACAGGUAUAGCUGAAAAAGCUGAUGAAAGCAAACUGUCUAUAACUCCCAGUGAUUUAGACAAUAAAACUAACGAUAGUCAACUUACAGAAAUAACCGAAGCAACAUCUGGAACUUUGGAAGUAGAAAAUGAACAAUGUACUCAGAAGGACACACCAGUCCUGGUUGGAGGACCAUCUGCUUGUCUUGAUGAGACUGACACACACCUUGUAGAUGAAAAUAUGAACGAGAAAGUUAUAGAAGACCAUAAAAGUGACAUUGUCGAAAGUGAGCCAACAAAUUAUGCCGAUAACAUGAAUAACGUCAAUGAAGAAAUAACAGAAAAUAUCGAGCAUACGGAACAAAGAAACAACACCAUGAACAUCCCUAGUCAAACUGAAAACAGCCCAGAGUCCAAUGAAUCCAACACUGAGGAAACUAAUGGGAUCAGUUCACAAAGUGAUGUCCAGUCCACCAUCAUUUCCACUUCUGAUUCAAAUGGCAAAAAAGACGACAAACAGUUAAAUGAGGCGGAUCCCAUCUGGGCACUAAAGCUGCUGAGAAAAAUCGAGAAUGAAUUUAUGACCCAUUAUGUGGAUGCAAUGCAUGAAUUCAAGGUUAGGUGGAACUUAGAACAUGAUGAAAACCUGGAUGAAAUGAUCUCUGAGCUUAAAAACGACGUAGGUCAAAGGAUUCAGAAAAGUAUUGCAAAUGAAUUGAAAAAAAUUAAAAGUAGGGCUGGGCAGAAGAUGCCGAGACCUCCGGAUGACCGUUCAAGGCGGAGGUCUUCUCUUCAAGCGGAUGAAAGGAGGAAACGCUUGCAAACAAUGCACAAAAGAUCGGCUAUGCAGCUUGCCAAUGGGGACAAAAAUAAGGAUCUUGGGACAAAUGAUACUUCGUGUGAAACUGAUGAAGAAGACCUAACGUUUAGUGCUUCGUUUGGCAACGAUGCCAAUGGACUUCAAGAUGAUGAUGAAUUCUGCCCAUGUGAAACAUGUAUAAAAAAGAAGAAAGCUUUGAAAUCAGCUCAGCCCAAAGUGGUGGUAUCUGAUGCCCCCAUCACGCGAGCUUUUGACCUUCAGCAGAUUCUAAAGAUGAAGAAGGAGAACAACCUACAACCAGAAGAGAAAGCAGUCAGUGAAAAUGCUUGUUCUACUGAGAAUGAAAAUGGUUUAGGUGAAGAGGAAAGUGAAAAUGGUGAGGAGGACUCCUCUAGUAGAUUAGAAGAACAAGAGUCAAAACUAAGCUUAAAUCCUUCUAAUGAUGAAAAUGAAGCUGAUGAAAUCAAUGAAGGACCAUCCAUUGUUGUGGAAAAUGGAGAGUGCAGUGAUGUCCCCGAUGCUGAUAAAGACCUAGAUGCUGAAACUAACAAUAAUGAAAGUAUGGAGAAUGAAACAGAAGAUGCUGCAAUGGACAAGGAAGAGACAUGUUCUGAGAUUGGACAUGUUAGCUACAAAUCGAUGAGCAGGGGAAGCUCAGCAGAGAGUAGGAGCAAUGGAGUCAGUCAAAAUGAGCAGCAAAGUGACCAGGAAAACAACAAUUCGGAUAUAAAAGAAGAUGACAUAGAUACAGCAUCAGCAGUUGAACAGGAAGAGACAAAAGAGAACAUAGAGGACACGGGAGAGACAGAAGAAACAGAAGGAAGUGGCCUAGAAGAAAGCUCAGGCAAUGAAAAACAUGGAGAUGAAGAUGAAAUAGAAGUGAGUAGUGCCGAAGAAAAUGGCCACCAGGGAAAUCAGGAAAAUAACUUACAUUUGCAGAAAUCUCGCAUUGCUCAGGUUUCUCUCAUAACUCACCAGGGCUCUGUAGAUGAUCCAGAUGAAGCUGAAACAGCAGAGACAUCACCUAAUGGUGAUUUAGACAGUCCAGACAGCAAGAAAACUCAGAUGUACCCUGAUAGUUCUUCUGAGGAGGAUAUUGCAUCCUCAGGGGGGGCAAGCCCUGUUGAUGGGCAUAAAAAUGGAACUGUUGAGGAAAAACACGUGAAACCUCAGGGAAGCAUAGGAGAAAGUCCAAACAACCUGGAACAGACACCAAGGGAAGAUAAUAUCAGUGAAGAUGAAUUUGACUUUUAGGUGCUCAUUUAUUCAUCUUUCUUGAUGUAGUUCAUUAUUACAUUUCUACAAAUGGUAAAACAAUAUGUAUAUAAUAGUUUUAUAACUGCUGAGUACAUAUUUAUUUUAGUACUAUUUUCAUAUUCAAGGACAACUAAAAGCUGCAACCGGUUUAUUAUAUAAAGACUUACUUGAAAUACAACUGCUUUUACUGAGGCAAGGCUUUUAGUAGAUGAUGGAGAUGUUACAUACUUAAAGCUAUGUGUCUUAGUGGAACCAUGGGCUGAUCUUCUGUUCAACACAGCACCAAACCCACUCACUAGAUUAUGUACAGUAUAUUAUGACGACUGGUGUGUUCAUGGGAAGUUUUAAAAGCCAUUGGUCAUUGGCUUAAUUACAUUUUUACUAAUACUCAGGAUCCAAUGUGCUGGGGAUGGCUCUGACUAGAGCAGGCAGAAGAUAUGGACCCUGCUUCUCCAAAAGUUGAGUUUUUGCUUAUUAUUCCCUAAAAAAGUACUGUGCUUUGGACAAAACAAAGUGCCAUGCCCAGGAUAUUGGUUCACAGAAAUGGCUGCCAUGGUCCCAAGUUGGAAUUGUAUGUUUCGAUAUCAGUGUAAGAUCAGAAUAAGGCCUGAAGAAGAUCACACCAGUCAUAGCCCAAAUCCCUUAAGGCUUCUCUAUGGUAAACUAUAGCCUCAGUUAAAGAAAAAAAAGACAAAUGUCCAUCCAACUCACAGAGUCCCUCAGUUUGUUCUACGUCUUUCUGUUCUAUAAUGUUUUUUUUCCACCUAUAAUUUAUCUAAUAAGAAUGUGGAAAAUUCCAAGAACCCUGUCGUAUAGUGUUAAUGUAUGCUGACUUAUAAUACAGUAUUAUUAGGCCUGGUGCUUGGACUCUAUGGGAAGGAAACUGCACCCCCAUUGGCUCAGCCGUGCAGCCUAGAAUGCUGGGAAACAGACUAAUCCAGAGUAUUUAUAUAUUUUAUGCAGAGAUUUAUCUCCAGAUGUACUGUAAGCUACAAGACAGCCUUGUUAUAAAGCACUUUAUCACCUGUAACUGAAUGGGGCAUAUUUACAUUUGCACUAAAAACAAUAAUAAAAAAAAAAAACGUUAAACACCA